AUGGCGCACGCGGGGAGCUCAUACAAUGCUCCGUUGAAGAAGUUCAAGUACAUCCUCACUCCUCUCCUAACACGCUUUACAUUUCCCGAUGGUUUGUGGGGCGAGACUGACUCUGGAGUUCAUAGGCUAGUCUUCCUCGGCGAGCAGAGCGACGCAAAGUCCUUUCAAAACACGAGAAAAUGGAUAGACGAUGUCCGAGCGGAACGCGGCAACGAUGUUAUUAUUGUCCUUGUCGGAAACAAGACGGAUUUGAACGAUAAGCGCGAAGUCACGACCCAACAGGGCGAGGAGGAAGCCAAGAAGAACAACUUGAUGUUCAUCGAGACGAGCGCGAAGCUUGGCCAUAACGUCAAGACAUUAUUCAAGAGGAUCGCGCAAGCCCUACCAGGCAUGGAGGGGACCGAUGCUGCAGUUCAGGCUUCGAACCAGAUGAUUGAUGUCAAAGUGAAUACUACCCAAGCGCCGCAAGAAGGGUGUGCUUGCUAA